GCAGGCUCGGCAGCGCUGCAGCCGGAGGGACGACAAGAGGUCACUCUAAAAACUGCUGCUGCUGGGACGCGUCAGGUGGCUGCUGGUGGUUCCCCAACGGGUUUUCCUUCUCCCUGUCUCUCUCUCCACAGAUUGCUUCUCAAAAGGAAUCUGCUGCUGAAACUUCACCAUCACAAGUCGGGGACGCCCCUCACACAGGACGCAAGUUCUUGCCUGUGACAGUGUGUUUGCCACCAUGGCCCCCAAAAAGAAGACUGUCAGAAAGAACAAAGGCAACAUCAAUGAGAUGACCAUCAUUGUAGAAGACAGCCCCCUCAACAAACUCAACGCUUUGAAUGGGCUCCUAGAGGGAGGCAAUGGCCUUAGCUGCAUCUCUUCUGAAUUAACAGAUGCUUCUUACGGCCCCAACCUCUUGGAAGGUUUAAGUAAAAUGAGGCAGGAGAGCUUCCUUUGCGACUUAGUCAUUGGCACCAAAACAAAAUCCUUUGACGUUCACAAGUCAGUGAUGGCUUCUUGCAGUGAGUACUUUUACAACAUCCUAAAAAAAGACCCCUCUACCCAAAGGGUGGAUCUCAGUGAUAUCGCACCGCUGGGCCUGGCCACGGUCAUUGCAUACGCCUACACUGGAAAGCUCACUCUCUCCUUAUAUACCAUAGGAAGCAUUAUUUCUGCUGCUGUUUAUCUUCAGAUCCAUACCCUUGUCAAGAUGUGCAGUGACUUUCUGAUACAAGAAAUGAGUGUUGAGAAUUGCAUGUACAUUGCUAACAUUGCCGAAACAUACUCCCUGAGAAAUGCAAAGGCAGCAGCCCAAAAAUUUAUCCGGGAUAACUUCCUUGAAUUUGCAGAAUCAGAUCAGUUUAUGAAACUUACAUUUGAGCAAAUUAAUGAACUUCUUAUGGAUGAUGACUUACAGUUGCCUUCUGAAAUAGUAGCAUUCCAGAUUGCAAUGAAAUGGUUAGAAUUUGACCAAAAGAGAGUGAAAUAUGCUGCCGAUCUUUUGAGCAAUAUUCGCUUUGGUACCAUCUCUGCACAAGACCUGGUCAGUUAUGUUCAGUCAGUACCGAGAAUGAUGCAAGAUGCUGAUUGCCACAAGCUUCUUGUAGAUGCUAUGAACUACCACUUACUUCCCUAUCAUCAGAACACAUUGCAGUCUAGACGCACGAGAAUCCGAGGGGGCUGUCGUGUGCUUGUCACUGUGGGGGGCCGUCCAGGCCUUACUGAGAAGUCCCUUAGCAGAGACGUCUUGUAUAGAGACCCUGAAAAUGGAUGGAGCAAGCUUACAGAGAUGCCAGCCAAGAGUUUUAAUCAGUGUGUGGCUGUGAUGGAUGGAUUUCUUUAUGUGGCCGGUGGUGAAGACCAGAAUGAUGCAAGGAAUCAAGCCAAGCAUGCAGUCAGCAAUUUCUGCAGAUACGAUCCCCGCUUCAACACCUGGAUCCACCUGGCCAGCAUGAACCAGAAGCGGACGCACUUCAGCCUGAGCGUGUUCAACGGGCUCCUGUACGCCGUGGGCGGCCGCAACGCCGAGGGCAGCCUGGCCUCGCUCGAGUGCUACGUGCCGUCCGCCAACCAGUGGCAGCCCAAGGCGCCCCUGGAGGUGGCGCGCUGUUGCCACGCCAGCGCGGUGGCCGACGGCCGCGUGCUGGUGACCGGCGGCUACAUCGGCGGCGCCUACUCGCGCUCCGUGUGCGCCUACGACCCGGCCCGCGAUGCGUGGCAGGAGCUGCCGGCGCUCAGCACGCCGCGGGGCUGGCAUUGCACGGUGGCGCUGGGCGAGCGCGUGUACGUGAUGGGCGGCAGCCAGCUGGGGCCGCGCGGCGAGCGCGUGGACGUGCUAACCGUGGAGAGCUUCAGCCCGGCCACCGGCCAGUGGAGCUACGCGGCUCCGCUGCCCGUGGGCGUGAGCACGGCGGGCGCCUCGACGCUGCACGGCCGCGCCUACCUGCUGGGCGGCUGGAACGAGGGCGAGAGGAAGUACAAGAAGUGCAUCCAGUGCUUCAGCCCCGACCUCAACGAGUGGACGGAGGACGAUGAACUGCCCGAGGCCACCGUGGGCGUGUCGUGCUGCACCCUAGCCAUGCCCAAUCACGUGACCCGAGAGUCCCGCGCCAGCUCGGUGUCCUCCGUGCCCGUCAGCAUCUGAACCCGGGGAGCCGCGGGCUCGCGGGGAGAAAAGAUAGGCAUUGCGGUUCAGCUAAAGGAAAGGAAACUAUCUAACAUUUACUACAGGGGAGUCUUUUCAGAUCCAUCGAGGCAUCUGCCUUGGUGGUUUUCAGUUGCUGGUGUGGCAUCAUCUACCUCUCUGUCGAUUUUUUUUUUUUUUUUUUUCUUUUUUU